AUGCACCAGAAAACACCUUCGGUAGUUAUCACUGAUGGCGACAAGGGAAUGCGAGAAGCAAUUUCAACUGCAAUGCCGAAUGCGUAUGAAACAAGGAGAAAUUGGGCAGAGACUUUUCUUCGCAAUCAUUUUGUUGCUGGAUCAAGAACAACCCAAAGAUCAGAAUCAACAAAUUCAUAUUUGAACCAAUUCUUGACAAGUAAACUGAGGUUGAGUGACUUUAUUGGUCAAAUUGAUGUUGCAUUGCAAACAAUACGACACAAUGAGAUGCAUGAUGACUUCCGAAGAAAGCACUCAUCACCUCAGCUUCCAAACCAUGCAUUGCAGACGUACCAUCAACAGUUUGCGACAUAUUACACUAGGAAUAUGUAUGAUAAAGUGGCCGCCCAAAUCAUGGACAUCAUAUCUUACAAAGCAAUGGAAAACGUUACCACCAUUGAUUCUCGAGUGUUUUCAUUGGAGAGAUUUCCUACCGGUCUGGUACACCACACAGUCACAUUGGAUGAAAUUUCGAGCCACUUGAAAUACACUUGUUUGCUUUUUGAGACAGAUGGGAUACCAUGCAGACACAUGUUCGCGGUAAUGAAAAAUGAGAAUAUGCAAUUAAUCCCUCCAACAUUAAUAAAGGACCGUUGGCAUAAAGAUGCAAGGACAAGACUAGAUUUAAAUGUAGCUCCUCAUUCAAGAGUGCCGACAAAUGCAUUGGAAACAACAAGGUGGAGAUCUUUGACGUCUGCAUUCACUUGUAUGGCCCAUUACACAACAAAACAUGAGGACACUUACGAGGAGGCAAAGAAACAAAUAGCAGCCUUGGCAUCGAGAUUCAACACCCUAUGUCAACAAUGUGAAAUUGGAAAUGAUAAUGAAGAAAGUCGACCAAAAGGAGCAUGCACACAUGACAGAAUCGUUAGAGACCCAGCUGUGGUUAAGACAAAGGGUCGUGCAGCAAAAAAGGCCAGAGCAAAGGAAAAUGACAGCAUUGGUGAACAAGAUUGUACGAGGAAGCAAAAAAGGUGUUGUAUUUGCAAUCAAUUGGGCCACAACAGGUCAACUUGUAAAUAUAAGAAUCAACCUACCCCAAACACAAAAGACAUAUCCCAACCAGUGUUGACACGACCCAAGAACUCCAAGCAAACAACUUUGGCAACAUUGUUGUUGAUCCAAACAAAUGGGAAAUCCAAUUAA